CGGCAGAAAAAAGUCAAUUGGGUUUAGUUGCCGCUGCAACCAACCCUCGAAAAUGUUGUCUGCCAGCUGAGGAUGGGUGUUUUUGCACAUUUUUUAAUUUCUUUAUUCAAGAUGGAUCGGCUGCUAUAUGAGAGUUUUGGAUAAAGAGAAAUUACGUUGAUUUUCUCCUACAUAAACACGCCGUUAUCUUUUCAUCCCCUAUAUAUAUCCGUCAAUUAUGGACGAAGCAAAAUACAUCAAAAGGAAAAUAAGAGCUGGAAAUAUUGAUGUACAUCCAACAGAAAAAGCACUUGUAGUGAAUUAUGAUGUUGAGGCUCUUAUUCUGGGUGAGCUUGGAGAUCCAAUGUUGGGAAAUAGAAAAGAAUGUCAAAAAAUUAUUAGACUUAAAAGUUUAAACCACGAUACAAAUGUAACUUUACUUGCAAAAGAGGUCAUAGCAAAAUGUUCCCUUAUCCCUGAAUCAAAAUUAUCCGAAGUUGAGCAAUUAAUCUAUUAUCUGCAAAACCGUAAGCAUCCUAAUGAUGAAAGACAGAGUCCUGGUCAAUUUCCAAGACCAAUGUCUUCAAGUUCACUUAACACAGAUGCUUCAGAAUCUGAGAGAGCAGUAAUAAGUAAUGUCAAUAGUUAUAUGGAACUACUUUAUGAUGAAAUACCGGAUAAAAUAAAAGGAUCUUCGCUGAUGUUACAAUUAGCAAGGGUACCAGAUAAUCUCCAAGAACUUACUAAAAAUGAAUCACUACUUAGCGUUUUAGCCCGAGUACUGAGAGAAGACUGGAAAAAAAGUAUCGAGCUAUCUAUAAACAUAAUUUACAUAUUUUAUUGUUUUUCAACAUACAGUCAAUUUCACAAUUACGUUCUGGAUCAUAGGAUUGGUUCUCUUUGUAUGGAAAUCAUAGAUUAUGAAUUAACUCGAUAUGAUCAGUGGAAAGAUGAUCUUGAAAAGCGAAGAAGAUAUUUUGAAAAUAAUACCGGGCUGUGUUUACUUCCUGCUAUGUGUCUCGAUAGUUCAGACAAGAAAAUGAAAGUAAUUGAUGACAUGUGGACUGCAGAUGGUCCUCUUGAUGUGCAAAUAAAAAAGAAUUCCAUUGAUGAACCUAUCAGUAUUCCCGAUGAUGAAAUUCAAAGAUUGAAAGAAGAUAUUGAAAAAAGUCGUAAGAAAUUUAAGAACUUAGUAAAAAAACAAGAACAAUUGUUGAAAGUUGCCUUUUACCUGCUGCUUAACAUAGCAGAAAAUGUCGAUGUAGAAAGAAAAAUGACUAAGAAAAAUGUAAUUGGAAUGCUUUUAAAGACAUUAGACAGGGCUAAUUCAGAUCUGUUGAUUUUAGUUGUUACUUUUUUAAAGAAACUGUCUAUAUUAAAAGAAAACAAAGACGUUAUGGCAGAAGGAAACAUUAUUGAAAAAUUACCCAGACUUCUAAGCAAUACGAAUCCAGAUUUAAUUUCAAGUACUUUAAAAUUUAUGUUCAAUUUAUCAUUUGAUGUAAAGCUCAGAGUAAAAAUGAUAAAAGUUGGAUUAUUGCCAAAAUUCAUUAAGUUACUUGCAUUUGAUGAAAUAAACAAGCAGACGAUUUUAGGAUUAUUGUACCAUCUUAGUAUUGAUGAUAAAGUGAAAGCAAUGUUUGCUAGUUUAGAGUUUGUCCCUUUUCUUGUUGAUAUGAUUUUGGAUUCAGAUGACGAUAAAAUGUAUCCAGAGUUGAUAGCACUAUGCGUUAAUCUUGCUAUAAACAACAGAAAUGCUGAGAUGAUAGUGCAAAAUAAUCGUUUAAAACGAUUAGUUGAAAAGGCAUUUAAGAAUCAAAAUGCUUUGUUGAUGAAAAUUGCGAGGAAUAUUUCACAACAUGAUUCUACAAAAGAACUUUUUAUUGAGUUUGUCGGUGAUUUCGCAAUGGCUCUAACACAAUCAGAUAAUCAAGAUUUUGUACUAGAAAUUAUAGGCGUAAUGGGAAAUUUGUCGUUGUCAGAUUUGGAUUACUCGCAAAUCCUCCAAAGGUGCAAUUUGAUUCCGUGGAUCCGAAAUAAUCUUGUUCCAGGCAAAGUUCAAGAUGAUUUGGUGCUUGAAGUUGUGAUAUUCUUAGGUACGGCGGCUGCUGAUGAAGACUGUGCUCAAGUGAUAUGCAAAGCUAACAUGCUUAUAUCUUUAAUUGAGUUAUUAAAAGCCAAACAAGAAGAUGAUGAAAUGGUUUUACAAAUAAUUUACGUUUUCUAUCAAGUAUCGAAACACGAAUCAACAAGACAUUACCUGAUUCGUGAGACUGGUAAUGAGGCUCCAGCAUAUCUUAUAGACCUGAUGCAUGACAAAAAUCCAGCUAUAAGAAAAAUCUGUGAUGCAUGUUUAGAUGUGAUUGCGCUUUGUGAUGAAGAUUGGGCAGCGCGAAUAAAAGUUGAAAAGUUUCGUUCGCAUAACCAGCAAUGGUUGGAUAUGGUUGAGUCAAUAAAUGUUGAUACCAUGGCUAGUAGUUUUACUAUUCAAGACGAAGACGAUGACAGUCUACUACCAUUCACGAGUGGAGAUCUUUUGAAGGAUACAAUGUUUUUACCUUCAAGUUCUAGUGCAAAGCUGAAUUUCGAUGAAGAAUUAGAUGCUAAAGCCUUGUCAGAUUCCUCGGGAAAUCCUAGUCGGCCAGUCAGUCGUUAUAACAGAGAUAUGGAUGAUAUUUGCGAAUUGAUGGCUUCAUCAAGAUCUCGAUUGUCAAUGGGCUCUGGCAUAGAAGAUCUUUACAGCAGCUCUAAAUUAAAACUCGAUUCUGAUAGUGUGCUUCUUGAUAUGUAAAACUUACCAUUGUAUAUUCGUCCUAAUACCAGUUUCAUUCUCUAGCAUCGAUCCAGCAAAUUGAGACGUAAGUUGUUUUUAGGUGACAAGUAACGACAACGAUUUAAUUCCAAAGUACUGAAAAAAGUUUAUUCUUAACACAGCCAUUGAGAGAAAAAGUUAAAUAAUGUUU